AUAUCAAGGUCUAUAUUGCCAAAUAAACUAAAUGAUUCAUACCUAAUAAUAAAACAAUAAAAGUUGUAAUUAGUGAAACAAAAAUCGUUUUAAAAUGUUUUCGAGUGGUCCUAAUUACCCGAAAUUAAAAACGAACCUACGAUUAGCGAUAUCGAGAUUAAAACUACUCCAAAAAAAGAAAACAGAAUUAACUGAAAAAUCCAGAAAAGAAAUUGCAGAUUAUAUCGCAGCGGGGAAAGUUGAGAGAGCAAAAAUAAGGGUAGAAUAUAUAAUUAGGGAAGAUUAUCUUGUAGAAGCAUUAGAAAUUGUAGAAAUGUACUGUGAUUUAUUAUUGGCAAGAUUCGGGCUUAUUUCAAAUAUGAAAGAACUAGAUGAAGGUAUUGCAGAAGCUGUUUCAAGUUUAAUUUGGGUAUCUCCGCGACUUAUGUCCGAUAUACAAGAAUUAAAAGUUAUAUCAGAUCUUUUGAGUUCUAAAUACGGACCUUCUUACGCUGAAGCUUGCAGAAUCGAAUCCGUAGAAACUAUAAGUGCUAAAUUGAAGCAUAAAUUGUCGAUUCAAGCUCCUGCAAAGCUACUUGUUGAAAAAUACAUGAUUGAAAUUGCUAAUUGUUAUAAUGUUGAUUACGAUCCUGAUCCUCAAAUAAUGGCAAUGGAAAAAGGGCACGAUGCUCUAUUGAUAGAUCUUUCUUCUAAUAAUUUGGGUGGAGGUGGUAGCGGUGGUUUACCACAGCCUCCUGGGUUCUUAGGGUAUCCUCAACCUCCACCAUUACCGUAUAUGGCUGAUCCCAUGCCUGCACCUUUUACAUAUCCGGCUCCAAAAGAAAAGGAACUGAAUAUAGAUCCAUCAGCCCCACCAAAUCUACCAUUUUCUUAUAACAUUCCACCUAACGGUGAUAAAGAAGUUAAUACAGAUAUAGGUGAACAAUUGCCUUCUUAUAGACAUCUUUAUCCCAAUUUCGCAACUCCCAAGAGCGGUGAAACUGAUUCUUCGACAUCAAAAGAUGGGAAAAAAAAUGAGGAAAAUGAUAAUGAAUCAAGCCUAGAUGUCAAUAUAGAGAAUAAUGACAGUGUGCCAAAACCAGCUCCAAGAUUAAAAAUGAAUGAUAAAGUUUAUGAUUUACCGGAAUUGCCUUCAGUACCGAAUAUCGAAAAUGAUUCAUCUUCAUCAAGAGAUGAUGAUAUCGAUUUUGAUGAUUUAACAAAAAGAUUUAACGAGCUCAAGAAAAAAUAUUAGAAAGAAUGUUGAGUAUGUGAUGGGAGGGGGCUUUCCGCACUUUUUGUUGAAACUAGAAACAACUUUUAUUAUCUUGUAAUUAAGUAAUAUAGAACAGGUAUUAUAAAUAUUUGCUGUAGGUUAAAAAAUGAAAAUUCAAUACUAAUUUUUGUUAUGCCUUGUGAGAUAUAUAAAUAUAUUAUUGCUAUGUAUUUUUAAAUAUAUAAAAAUGUAAAAAAACCGGAAAAUAAAUUUUAAAAACGUG